AUGAAAUCUUUCUCUACUCUCGUUUUCUCAACCUUGAUUGCUGUGAGCUAAGCUACCUAAGGAGUUGAUGUCUCACAACUUGUCAAUAAUUGGUCUUGCCUCAAGAGUGCUGGUUACAACUUUGCCAUCCCAAGAGCUUGGUGCUCUUAUGGUGGAUUUGAUAAAAAUGCUCUUCAGAAUAUCCACAAUGCUAAGGCCGCUGGAAUCACAUAUGUUGAUGUUUACAUGUUCCCUUGCAGAGGCAAGAGUGCUUCAGAGCAAGUAAGUGAAUUAGUCAGCAGCCUUGGUUCAGCUCCUUACGGAUAAAUCUGGGUUGAUGUUGAGACCAACCCAUCUAGUGGCUGCUCCUGGUCAUCAUACUCAGGCAGCUCCAACUGUCAAUACAUCAGUGACUUAGUUAGUGCUAUCCAAUCCCAUGGAAAAGCUCCAGGUAUUUAUAGUUCAUACUACCAAUGGGAAGGUGUUGUUGGAAGUGCUCAAUCAUGCACUGGUCUAGGCCACAUCCCACUCUGGUACGCUCAUUACGACGACAGCUAAUCAUUCGGUGACUUCAAGAAAUUCGGUGGUUGGUCCAAGCCAAACAUUAAAUAGUUCAAGGGAGACACUACCGCUUGCGGAUACGGAGUUGACCUUAACUUCUACUGA